UGCUUCCUUUUGAACUCGAUUGCUGGGUUUCACUAUCUUUGCAGAAAACCUCAGGGCAGAGCAGAGAGGGCGAUAAAGGGGAAGGAGCCUCAGGGGGAGGUAGACCGGCAGAGGAGCUGGAGACAGAGGAGCGGGAGGCAGAGGUGUUGUGACACUCUUGAGAGGGCACAGGCUUCAAGAAGUACUUGAAACCACAGUGGAAUCGGCAGGUAAUCUGUCUCACGGGCUGCUGAAACCAAGACCGAGACGGGCCAGCCAGCCUUUCCUCCUGUGUUCCCGCCCGCCAUGCUGCACUCUUGCCUCUGUUGUCUCAACGGGAGGCCAGCCUCCGGCCCAUCCCUGUGAAACCCGAGGAUGAUGUGACGGCCCCGACUGCCAGUCCAGAAAUGCCCAGGCCCUGAGGGCCGCGGAGGGCCGGUCAGCCAUGCCAACCAGGGAGCUUCUGCCGCACCUCCUUCUCCUCCUCCUUCACAUCCUCGUGGCCCUGGCCCUGGUCUCCUCUCAGUCAGAUCCAUGCUCUGAAGAAGUUCGAAUCAAGAGAGAUUCCAACCACACUCUCUGGUCAGGAGAAUCUUUUAUCCUCAAAUGUCCCGUGAUUUAUUGUGCGGUCCGACCUACCGUGAGCUGGUGCGUACUCUAUCACUCGCACUGCUUUCGUCUGCAAAAUAUGCUGCAGAAUACGACAGAAAAAAAUAACACUUUAGAAUUGAAUUUGUACUUUCAACCUGCAUGGGUGAACGACACUGGGUUAUAUAUCUGUGAGGCUAAUUUUAGCAAGAAGACAAUUAGAAGCCACCAAGUGACCAUUAUUGUGAAAGAAGGAGCUCAGAUCAACACCACAAACCCACCAUCAACCCUGGCUUUGCAGAUUUCACUGGUACCUCAAGACCCAAGACCCCGGUGGCUAGUUCCUGGCUCCUCCCCAUCCUGGCCUCCGUCGCGGCUGCCUGUACCUUCAUCAUCAUCUGUUCCAGCCUCUCCUACUGCCUGUGGCGGCACCGAGCCAAACAGAAGAGGGCGCCGGCAGCCAGGAACUUGCCUGACCUGCCUCAGACCCCAGCCGAAGUUUGGCCCCUGUACCACACCGGAGCCGGAUCCCAGUCCUCGCCACCUGCCACCACCAUCGUUUACGAUAACGACGACGACCCCCGGGGGAAAGGCCCGGCCCGGCCCGAGGCAGUCUAUUCGAACCAGAACUCGGAGACUCAGUUGCCCAUCGUCUAUGCCUCCCUGAACCACUCAACCAAGGGCAGAUCCUGCCCAAGGAAAGGGACUGCGGUGAAAGAGGAGUUCACGGAGUAUACCGCCAUCUGCGUGAGGAGUUAGAUGAGGGUAGGGUGGGCCAGGACGGGCUGCCCUCCUUGUCUCCUGGUAGACCCCCAGCCCCCCGAAAUCCCCCAGGACCAGCAGGAUAAUUCACAAUCUCUGUGGGCCCAGGGGCCCUACGACUCGGUCCGGGACGGGCUCCUGCUGCGACCCCAUCUGUGCCCUGGCAGGCUCAGGGGCAGCUCCUGCUCCCUCUCGGUCACCCUCCCUGUCCCCGACUCUGGUGCCCGCCGGCAGGGCUGCAAAUUACUGAAGAUACCUUUUGCAAACAGUAAGAAUAAAAAUGACUGACUUCCAAA